AUGAGUUUAUCUUCACCUAGGCCUGAAAAGGCUCAAUUGAAUACCCCUAUAAAGCCUAAGAGCACAUCGCAAUUAUUUGAAUUAAUAUCUCAUUCAGUGCCCAAUUCUUUGAAAAAUGAAGAUAAAAGAUUUCCAUUAGCCAAUAAGCAAAGCUAUUCUGAUGAUCAAUCAUUAUACUUAAGACAGAGCAGUAGUGUUACACCUCGAAAUGGCUCAAUUUCUACAGAUUUGUCUCCAAUUUCAAACACUUCUUCGCCGUCAAGAAUUGUACAACCAUUUUCUUUAAAUUCUCGCUUUAAUGAAAGUAAAGUCAUUGAUUCUACUCCUUCUACUGCUUUUUAUAACCAAUCACGUUCUGAACCAAGUUUAAAUUCUAUUCAAGAUGAUCAAUUAAUUCCCUCUCCUCCGCUAUCCCCUAAAAUUGGAGUGAUUAGUGAAGUUAAGAUCCCUAAACUUUCAACCUGUAUUGGAAAAAAUAAAUUAAAUAAUGAUUUGUAUGUCAAAGUAUCUUGGGAUUCUAAAUUAUCUCCAAAAACUUAUCGACAUGCCAAUCAAAAUUUUUUAUCGCAUUAUAGCUUUUUGAACCAUAAUAGUAUGGGCAGUACUAUUUCUCAUCUGCCCAACAAUAACAAUACAAUGUAUUUAUUAAAGCAUUCAAGGCAUAGAAACAAUAAAUAUAGUAGCCGUACAGGAACAGACUAUGAACACCAAUAUAGAACGAGAAAGACAGCUACUAAAAAUGGUACUUCAUUAUCAGAUAGUGAUGAUUAUUUGGAAAAUUCAUCAAACUCAUUUCAUAGAUUUACAUCCAAACAAUCUCAUAAGACCAGCCCAUUACGUAGGACUAAGAAAGCUUCCCCAUCUACAGCUUCACCCUUGGCCUCGGUGGGUAGUCUAAAUGGUAUGACUCAAUAUGUACCAAAGACUUCCUGGGAGAAACUUCCUGAUUAUUCACCUUCAACAAUUAAUAUUCCUUUAGAUAAUACUAAAUGUUUAAAAGUAGAAUGGAAAGGAUCACCAAUGAAUUUAUCCAAUGAUCCAUUAAGAGAUAAAUUGCAUCCUGCAGAAAUUGCUUUGGCACAAAUUUUAAGGCUUCCAUGUGAUUUAUAUUUAGAUUCGAAGAGAAGAUUAUUCUUAGAAAAAGUUUGCCGUCUGAAAAAGGGCCUACCAUUUAGAAGAACAGAUGCACAAAAGGCCUGUAGAAUUGAUGUAAACAAGGCCUCUAGAUUAUUUGCUGCUUUUGAAAAGGUAGGAUGGUUAAAUGAUUCUCAUUUUACUCAAUUUUUAUGA